CUGUUUUUUUUCCGGGACCUGAAAUGAAAGUGAAAGUUAUUCAGAUCAGAGCUGCAGUCGAAGCAAAUCUCUGUGUUUCUGUGUGAAGGAAAAUAAAGCGAGUUCAUCUGUUCUUUCUCAGCUACUGACUCCAACACUGAGGUCAGACAUGUCUGCUGGCAGCAACCAGAGAUCUGAGGAUCAGUUUCUGUGCUCCAUCUGUCUGGAUGUGUUCACUGAUCCAGUCUCCACACCAUGUGGACACAACUUCUGCAAGAACUGCAUCACCCAACACUGGGAUGUUAACAACAGCUGCCAAUGUCCAAUGUGUAAGAAGGAGUUUCACUUUAAACCUGAUCUAGAAAUUAACACCUUCAUCAGAGAGAUGGUUGAUCAGUUCAGACGUGAAGCUCAGCAGGAAGCCAGCAGCAGCAGCUCAGAGCAACAAGCUGCCAAACCAGGAGAAGUUCCCUGUGACGUCUGCACUGGAACCAAACUGAAGGCCCUGAAGUCCUGCCUGGUGUGUCUGACCUCCUACUGUCAGACUCACCUGGAGCCUCAUCUGACAGCUGCAGGUCUGAAAAGACAUCAGCUGAUGGAGCCUGUGGAGAACCUGGAGGACAGGAUGUGUAGGAAGCACGAUAAACCUCUGGAGCUGUUCUGUAGGACCGACCAGACAUGUGUCUGCUUGCUCUGCUCUGUUUUAGACCACAAGACUCAUGAGUUUGUUCCUCUGAGAGAAGAAUAUGAAGGAAAGAAGGCAGAGCUGGGGAAGACAGAGGCUGGAAUCCAGCUGCUGAUCCAGAAGAGACGACUGAAGAUUCAGGAGCUGAAAGAGUCGGUGAAGAUCAGUAAAGAUGCUGCAGACAGAGAGACAGCAGAAGGUGUUCAGGUCUUCACUGCUCUGAUGGAGUCUGCUCAGAGAGGCCUGGACCAGCUCGUAGAGGAGAUCCAAGACAAGCAGAAAGCUACAGAGAAACAGGCUGAAGCCUUCAUCAAAGAUCUGGAACAGGAAAUCUCUGAGCUGAGGAAGAGGAGGUCUGAGGUGGAGCAGCUCUCACGCUCUGAAGACCACCUCCACCUCCUCCAAAGCUUCUCAUCCCUGGAAGCUGCUCCACCCACCAAGAACUGGACAGAGGUCCGAGUCCGUCCACCAUCAUAUGAGGGCACUGUGGUGAGAGCUGUGUCUCAGCUGGAGGAGACACUCAGGAAACAGAAGAAGAAGCUGCUCGCUGAGGCUGAGCUGAAGAAGGUCCAGCAGUCUGCAGUGGAUGUUACUCUGGAUCCUGAUACAGCACAUCCUCAACUCAUCCUGUCUGAUGAUGGAAAACAAGUUCAUCAUGGUGAUAUGAAGAAGAAACUUCCAGAUAAUCCAGAGAGAUUUUCUUACUAUGUUUCUGUUUUAGGAAACCAGAGUUUCUCUUCAGGCAGAUUUUACUUUGAGGUUCAGGUUAAAGGAAAAACUAAAUGGUAUUUAGGAGUCGCCAGAGAGUCCAUCAACAGGAAGGGAGAAAUCUUACCGAACCCUCAGGAUGGUUUCUGGACUAUAUGGUUGAUGAAUGGAAAUGAGUACAAAGCUCUGGCUGAUCCUCCAGUCCGUCUCCAUCUCCAGUCUGGUCCUGAGAAGGUGGGGGUGUUUGUGGAUUAUGAGGAGGGUCUGGUCUCCUUUUAUGAUGUAGAUGCUGCAGCUCUGAUCUUCUCCUUUACUGGCUGCUGCUUCACUGACAAACUCUACCCGUACUUUAAUCCAUGUUAUAAUGAUGGUGGUAAAAACUCAGCUCCUCUGAUCAUCUGUCCUGUCAAUCAGACGUCAGAUCAAAGCUGCUGUCAAAGCAAAUCUCUGUGUUUCUGUGUGAAGGAAAAUAAAGCGAGUUCAUCUGUUCUUUCUCAGCUACUGACUCCAACACUGAGGUCAGACAUGUCUGCUGGCAGCAACCAGAGAUCUGAGGAUCAGUUUCUGUGCUCCAUCUGUCUGGAUGUGUUCACUGAUCCAGUCUCCACACCAUGUGGACACAACUUCUGCAAGAACUGCAUCACCAGAUACUGGGAUGUUAACAACAGCUCCCAAAGUCCAAUGUGUAAGAAGGAGUUUCACUCCAAACCUGAUCCAGAAAUUAACACCUUCAUCAGAGAGAUGGUUGCUCAGUUCAGACGUGAAGCUCAGCAGGAAGCCAGCAGCAGCAGCUCAGAGCAACAAGCUGCCAAACCAGGAGAAGUUCCCUGUGACGUCUGCACUGGAACCAAACUGAAGGCCCUGAAGUCCUGCCUGGUGUGUCUGACCUCCUACUGUCAGACUCACCUGGAGCCUCAUCUGACAGCUUCAGGUCUGAAAAGACAUCAGCUGAUGGAGCCUGUGGAGAACCUGGAGGACAGGAUGUGUAGGAAGCACGAUAAACCUCUGGAGCUGUUCUGUAGGACCGACCAGACAUGUGUCUGCUCGCUCUGCCCUGUUUUAGACCACAAGACUCAUGAGUUUGUUCCUCUGAGAGAAGAAUAUGAAGGAAAGAAGGCAGAGCUGGGGAAGACAGAGGCUGGAAUCCAGCUGCUGAUCCAGAAGAAACGACUGAAGAUUCAGGAGCUGAAAGAGUUGGUGAAGAUCAGUAAAGAUGCUGCAGACAGAGAGACAGCAGAAGGUGUUCAGGUCUUCACUGCUCUGAUGGAGUCUGCUCAGAGAGGCCUGGACCAGCUCGUAGAGGAGAUCCAAGACAAACAGAAAGCUACAGAGAAACAGGCUGAAGCCUUCAUCAAACAUCUGGAACAGGAAAUCUCUGAGCUGAGGAAGAGGAGCUCUGAGGUGGAGCAGCUCUCACGCUCUGAAGACCACCUCCACCUCCUCCAAAGCUUCUCAUCCCUGGAAGCUGCUCCACCCACCAAGAACUGGACAGAGGUCCGAGUCCGUCCACCAUCAUAUGAGGGGACUGUGGUGAGAGCUGUGUCUCAGCUGGAGGAGACACUCAGGAAACAGAAGAAGAAGCUGCUCGCUGAGGCUGAGCUGAAGAAGGUCCAGCAGUCUGCAGUGGAUGUUACUCUGGAUCCUGAUACAGCAAAUCCCUGGCUCAUCCUGUCUGAUGAUAGAAAACAAGUUCAUCAUGGUGAUGUGAAGAAGAAACUUCCAAAAAACCCAGAGAGAUUUUCUCUUUGCAUUAAUGUUUUAGGAAACCAGAGUUUCUCUUCAGGCAGAUUUUACUUUGAGGUUCAGGUUAAAGGAAAAACUGACUGGAUUUUAGGAGUCGCCAGAGAGUCCAUCAACAGGAAGGGAGGCAUCGCACUGAAACCUCAGAAUGGUUUCUGGACUAUAUGGUUAAGAAAUAGAAACGAGUACAAAGCUCUGGCUGAUCCUCCAGUCCGUCUCCAUCUUCAGUCUGGUCCUGAGAAGGUGGGGGUGUUUGUGGAUUAUGAGGAGGGUCUGGUCUCCUUUUAUGAUGUAGAUGCUGCAGCUCUGAUCUUCUCCUUUACUGGCUGCUGCUUCACUGAAAAACUCUACCCGUUCUUCAAUCCCUUCCCUAACGAUGGUGGUAAAAACUCAGCUCCUCUGAUCAUCUGUCCUGUCAAUCAGACGGUCUGAUGGUUUUCCUCCAUGACCAGUGAAUCUGGUUCUGAACCAGUUUCAGUCUGAGUUGUACUGGUGGAGAGAUGAGGUUGUAAAUGUCAGCAGUUCAGUUCACAUCUGGAUGAUUCUGCAGCUCGUUCCACUUCUGUCUCCACGUUUCUUCCUUCUCUUCACUGUCAAAUAAAGCAGAGUCAGAUGCUUCCUGCAUGAUGGAUUAGAUCAUUGUUAUAUAAUGUUGAGUUUGAUGUGUUUUCUUCUUGAAUGUGUCCCACUGAUGAUGGUUUUUCCCUCUGGGACUCUGUAGUCAUCGUCACUAACAGGAAGUUAGGAGGGUCUCAACACGUUUUAAAGCAACACUGAAUGAAAUGUUUGUUGUUUUCUCCCAUUAAACAUUUAUCUUCAUUUAUUCUGGACAGAAAUCAAACGUCUGAAAGAAAUCUCUGAAAACUUCAUAUUAACAUGAUCCUGAUGUUCAUGAUGAGUGUAAAUAAAGUUCUGAUCAGAAGUGUGUCUGUGCUUCAUGUUGAUCAUCAAUAAAAAGACAAAUUAAA